AUGACUGUGUUAUUUAAUCAAUCCAGCAAAAAGAGAAGUUAUGCUAUAAACGACAACUCCUCUUCAUUGUCAUUUAAAAAGCUGUCAUAUAUCCCUUCACAAGUCACAGUUAUAAUAAAUAUGGUUGUUCGAAGAGGUGGCUUGAACCAUACUUAUUUACUGAAGUUUUGUGAAAAUUUUGUGAACUUAAAUAAUCAAAUUUUGAGAUUUUACUGUCAUUUGAAUAGUUAUUUUAAAAGAACAGGAAAGUUAAAAAUCUGCAAGUUUGUUUGUAAUUUAACACCUUUUUUCCCAUAUUUUGCCAUAUUUGUUAAGCCUAAGUCUUUUGGGACCUUGUUCUUCUCCAUCAAUAGAAAAAAGAGAGCAACCAUCAGUAUAAUGCUUUAUGAUGAAGGGACGGAAAAAUUUGAUCUUGCUUGGAGCCUCUUAGGUCAGUUAAUUUGGUUGCAAGCUAUAACCAUUUUAUACUUAUGCUGUUUGGAUGUUCCGUUACUACUAAAGUCUCUAAAAUCCCAUAUGAAGAAAAUUGAGAAUACCCUAUUAAAUUGUAUAGUUAUUAAAAAUAAAAAAAAUCAGGAAAUAAGGACUUUUGUUACUUUUAAUUCCUAUUAUCAUUUAAAUGAAGUCUUUAAAACCUAA